CUCGUAGAGCGUCAGAAACUCAUCCUCUCGCACUUAUAGCCACAAAAACCACAACAAAACUUGUGGUCGAGAAAAUCCAACACCAAAAAUGUGAAUAAUAUAUACUUUAUUACACCCAAUUUUCUCGUCAAUGAACGAUCUAGUCAUGGGGGCGGACCAAUUCUUAUUAACGUGGAAUAACCACCGCUCCAAUUUUGCCGAGGUCUUCACACAGCUGCGUGUGCAGGACCAGCUUGUUGAUGUGACUUUGCUCUGUGAUGGUGGCAGCUACCCAGCCCACCGCCUUGUUUUGGCAGCUUGUUCACCGUACUUUCACCAGCUCUUCACACGAUUACCCACCCAACAUCCUCUCAUCUACCUCAGAGAUGUGAAGCAGGCAGAGCUUGAAGCCCUGCUGGAGUUUAUCUACCGUGGGGAGGUGAGUGUUGCCAACAGUGAGCUAACAGGCCUCAUCAAAAUAGCAGAGAGCCUGCGCAUCAAAGGUCUUGGAGAUGUUUCCCAGCGUGAUCAGCAACCCCAGGCUGGGGAGAAGAGAGCUGGAACACCUUUCUCUCCAGCCUCCCCUGUGUCCCAAAACAAUAACCCCCGACCCAAAAAGGUACCACGUCUUUCUAAUAACAACGGAGAAUCAAAGGGCCUGGAGCCAAACUUUGCCUCCUUGCUCUCUCCCGCCAACAGCUACGGCCAUGCUCUGAACAAGUCCAGCAAUAACAAGAGUAGUGAUGGAUUUGCACAGCUCAUGGACUCUGGGUGUCCAGAUCUCCCCGAGCAGGAACUAGAUAGCGACCAAACCCCAAACCCUGCAUGGGACCCAUCCCUCUCCGAGUCCAAACUGAGAUCCUGCCUCGAGGGCCUGGAGUCUGUCACCGCCGCUCAAUCUCUUGCUCAGUCUGUUGCUCACACAGUCGCUCAGUCCAUCGCAAUCCCUCGAACCCUUUUCACUUCCACCCCUACCAAAGUAUCAUCAAGCAAAAAAGAAUCGGCAGAUAAUGCCAAGGAGAGCAGCCGCGGCUCCUCCCGGAGAAAGAACCACGAGCCCCAGGAAAGCAAGAGAGGCAAAGGAGGAUUGAUAAAUGCCAUGUUGAACGUCAACGCAGACACGGAAAAGGAGGGAAAAGUUGCCAAGGAGAACGUCAAGACCGAACCCGACACGGACAACAUCACCACAGACACCGACACCUGUCCCGAACCCUCUCCCCUGCCCCUCUACGACACCACAACUGACAUCGCAGGAUCCAUCGGGGACCUGACAAACCCCAUCUUUGCUAGCUACCGCCACAUGCUCAGUUUAGGGAACGAUGACCGCUCGUUCUCCCCCCUGAUCCCAACGACUGUCCAAGAGCAGCAGCAGGUCCCAUCGCCCACUGGGAGGGAGUCACGGAGCUUGACAUGUCAGUUGUGUGGCGCAACCAUCAAGCACAUCGCCAACUUCCGCCGUCACAUGAAACAGCAUCUCAAUCCACGUCGCUUCCCUUGUCCCUGGUGUUCUGCAGCAUUCGGACGCAAAGAUAACUUGAAGACCCACACACGGAAGCACCAUCCAGCUGAGGUUGAGGCCCAGGAAGCCGGCGUGUUACGAGCAGAGAGCGCUAGAACAGACAGCGGGGAAGGCGGCGAGGAUGGCACGGUCCUGACAGGUCUGAAUGGCCUAGAGAGCGAAGGGGGCGAUGGCACCGCACCCGAAGACGGCGACAAGGAGGACGUGGACCGGGAGGACUCAUCAGACCACCACGAGAGCUUGGUGAUCGCAGAGGACACAGAGGAGGAGGAAGAGGAAGAUGAUGACUCUCACCUUCAGGUGGAGAAGGCCUCUUAACUGCCCGGUAGCCAAAGAACCAAACAAGAACUAGGAUACCACUAGGGCAGGUCAGGGUUUUUGCAGCUAUUAUAGCAUGUGGAGGGGAAAGAGCUACAGACAGACAGACAGAAAGAAUGAUCCAUGAACAUUCUUCAGUAUUCUCUGCAGAAGAUUUUUUUGAAAAAUGAAAAAAGCUCGGCCACCUCCUAGGAUUAAGGUGAGAGGGUUUUAAAACUGCAGAGAUGUUCUAACAUUUCUAUAUUUUAACACGUAGCUGUGUUUGUAGCCGGUAAAUUUUACAGUGCCUGUAAUUGAUAGAGGCAGACAGAGUUUGUUGCAAACAAAUAUUUUAUAUCUAUGACAAUAUUUGAUAUGCCUUAAUAUUCAAUUAUUGAAUGAUUCACAGUCUUUUGAAGGUUCAGGAAUUUUGUAUGAGAUUAAAAAUUGUGAAAAGCCUUGCCUCUUUGCUCAUAUCAGUACAGCCAAUAGACACAUCUAGGGUGUUUUACUGUACAAUGAACUUUUCAUAUUUUGAUGCAUUGAUGACUUUAGAUUUCGUACCUAGUAGUGUCUAGUCAGAAGGAACUUACCUUGUAUGUGUGUGUGUUUGUGUGUCUGCAUUUCUGCGAGUGUGAAAGUGUGUUGAUUUGAGUACAAGUGUUACAAAGAAGCUGCAAUAAUAGUCUAGUCUAAACAUUGCCAUAUAUACCAAACACUUUACUACAUGAUCACUCUUGUAUGUGUAUUAUACGCUUGUACUUUGCUAAUCAGCUCUGCUGUCGGGAAACUUGCCGAGUUGGAAAUAUUACGAAACAUUCAUAUGAUUUCCAUAGUUCGUCCUUUCUUUGGAUUUAUGUUUUAUAUACUUGUAAUGUUAGCUUUUCCUAUCUAAUAUUACCAUUAUAUAUUUUAUGCCUAACCUAACAUUAUAUCCUUGAGGAACUUGUAAUAUAUAGUCAUAUAUUUUUUCUGUUAAACUUUUGAGCGAAGGGACCUAUUUGUAGGCUGAUUAAGCAGAGUGACAUUCAGAUUAUGCAUACAAAAAGAGAGUAGCUUAUGCUCACAUACGAACCAAAGUGUCUAAUAGGAAAUUGUAAAAACAGUAAGUGGUUCUUGCUGCCUGGUAAGACAUUUCUUCAGUCAUAAAGCUUUUGAAAGUUGUUUUGUGUUGACUCUUCACAAGAACUUCCUUUUGAUUUCAAAGCUUGUUGUUUAUUUAUUUGUAAUUAUUAUUACUAUUUUCUUUUUCUCUCCCUGGUAUGCUGGAGUAGCAUUUUCAAGACAUUUCAACCUAGUCUAACAUCAUUUUUACACUUUGGUUAUAGUCAGUUUUUGCUUAAGCAUUGCGAGAAGUCUAUGCACCCAGAGUAGAAGACACAAAGUUUUCCCACCGCAUGAGUUCACAGUACCAAAGAAAGGCACGUGUUUGCAAUUGCUUCUCAGAGAAAGAAAAUAUAAGAGUUUGGUUCACUGCAUCAUUGCAUCCUAAAAGUGCUUAAUUCAGAGUCUUUAAAUCUGUGUGUGCAUUUGUAAAGAUGGUAUUAGCCAGACCUGCAUUUUAGAAUGGAAAUUCAUAUAAUAAGAUCCAAAUAUUAGCCAUUAGUCUUUUUUUUCUGCUCAGUAAUGUAUCCAUUAAUGGUCAGAUCCUUUGCAACUUCUUGUAAAAGAGCCAGAGAGUUCAACCUAUAUGCACAUUUUUAUAGUAUAAUGGAAAAAAAUAUUUUCUCCAUGUACACUAAAAAUGAUAUAUGGUUCAUUGGUUCUCUAUAAUGAAGUUUUUUAUGUAUAGCCCAAAUUAGGAAGAUGUUCAAGAAGUACUGUACUUAAUUACAUAUAAUGCAUUAAUACUAUUUAUUUCUCAUAUUUUACAAUGUUCCUCUUGAUUUGUGGCCAAAAAAUGAAUCAAAUUUCACCAUAUCCCAAAGGACAUGACUGUUAAUGGAAUAUAUGCUGUCUGCAGAAUAUUUUUAAUCUGCUUUUGAAUUGUAAAAUUAUUUAUCCAUGAUGUAUAUGCAAAUUGAAAAAAAAAAAAAAAUUGAAAGAGAUAUGUUACGGUAAAAAAAAAUUAGUCCAUUCGUUAAUUUUGCUGCUAGUCUGGACAUUGAGGUUGUUGAAUGGUAAUCAAAAAUUAUUUUAAGGUCACUAGUCAGACAAUAAGAAUAAGAAAAAUAACAUUUUGGCAGUACUAACAAGUCAAGUGGUAUGAAUUUCUUUCACUAAAAUUAACUAGUAGAAGUGUGGUGGUGUUGCUCUCUUAACAAAUAUAUGGUCUAGUCGUUAUGAAGCAGGAAUCACUAACAACUAACUUAAAGAAAUAACUAACCCAGUCAAUUAUCUGACACAUUAAGUUAUAACAAAGAACCAAGCCUUUAUUACAAGGAGCUGUGGAGACCUUUUUGAAGAGUGGAGUGAUAUUGUAAGUUCUGAUGAUGAGAAUACUGUUUUUUUAUCAAUUUUUUUGUUUUAACAUUUCUAUGGCAAUAGUAGCUGUGUUUUAAGAGAACAGAUAUACAAGAUAGAAACAAAACCAGAUUCUGGUCUCUUUGGGGAAAGUAAUUUGAAUUUUGUCUAAUUUACUAUUGCGUUCCUCUUCACCACAACUAUGAAGGGGCCUUAUGACGUGAAAGGGAUGAAUAUAAUGAUGUUGAUAAGAAUUCUUAUAGAUUUUUUUUCCGUUUUGAUUUGAGUGUGGUAACGUGUAGUUUGGAUGUCUUGUAUAGUAUGGGGGUAGCUCAACUUACUCUAGGUAUUAUCUGCUUCAGGUAAUCCAUAAGAUAUAUUAACUCCUCUUUGAAAUGUGAGAGUGUGAUGUAGUUACUACAGUUUAAGGCAAUUUGACAAUCUGCAUCUGUGUCUGAUUUAGAUGAUGACCAUUAUUAUUAUAAUUUUUUUUUUUUUUUUCUCUCUUUCUUUAAAAAUCUGACACCUAAAGCCAAAAUAAUACAUUCGGAUCCUUGUUCCCGUGUAUAUAUUUCUCCAUGAUUCGGCAAUAUGUCAGGUCAUUUUGUGAUUAUUGUAGGAUUAUUAUUUAUAUUAUUAUUAUCAUUAGAUUAAUAAGACGAAGGUUACAGGAGGAUGUUGCUUGUACGUCUUUAUACAAAGUCUUAGAUUUUUUCUUUUUUCUUUUUUUUGAUAAAUAUUAUUAAUACAUAUACAUAUACAUGUUCAUCUCGCGGUCUUAGAGUGUUCCCAAUUCAAACUUUGAGAAACCAAGCUGUGUUAUAUAAGUAAUAAAAUGAAGAAAAAAGAAAAAAAAUUGUCAGCGAAAUGCAGGAUUACAAUGCAUAGGUAUGAAGUAUAUCAUUUACAUUGUGUGUUUCAUACAUGUAAUAAUACCCUUGUGUAAUUUUUAUAAUAGAUGGAUAACCUAUAUUACAUAACACUCUUUGUGCAUGUAAAUUUUUGAUCUGUGUUGUUUGAAUUGUUAUCAGACGUAGCCACAGAAAAAUGCAAAUUUUUGGGCCAAACAGACCACAUAGAAUUUGAAAUAGAUUAGAGAGCUGUAAAAGCUGCAUCUGAGUCUUUGUAUUUUAUAAAGUUUGAAUGUAGUUUAGACACUUAACAAGAAGCCUUUGGUAUCAUAGUGCAAAUUGUACUGAUGCACAUUAAUGUCACUGUGACAUGCAUUUGUAAGGUAAUACUUUCUAUAGAUAUAUAUGUAUAUAAAACAUUUUGUAUGUGCAUUAUAUACAUGUAUCCUUCUUUUCCAGUGUUAAAUUACUUUCUUGUGUAAGGGAUACCAUACCAACAGACAUACCACGCAAGUCCUAUACAUUGCAUUUGUGAUAUAUUUUAGAAGAGGGAAUAUACUGUAUUUUACUUAUUUUUGAUCCAUUAACCUAUGUCAUGUGUAUACCUUUUGAAAGAUGCAAUUUAUGCCACACACUCUCUACGUGUUCCCUCUCUUUUCUUCACUUCAAGGUUGUGCUGGUGGAUAGAUGCUCGGGCCAAAGCCUUUCUUUACUUAGCUCUUGGAUUCCUUUUUUUAUUGAGCACUUUACAUGAAGCUCAUGGGUGUAUUUUGAUGUUUUUGUUUUUUUUCCCUUUCUAGAAGACCAACAAAAUGUGUUACUGUAUUGUUACAGCAGCUGUGAAAUACACAGUAGUGCAUUAUGCAUUUACCUUUUUUUUUCUUUCUUUCUUUCAUAUAGAGUAAGAGUAUUUUUUACUUUUACUUUUUUCCCCUUUUUACAUUGUUAGACGACUGUGCCAUCAGGAUUUUUAUAGUGUCCAAACAGGGGAUGUAAAAGCAUAUCAGAAAUAACAUUGAAUAUUAUAAGCAAGUUUUAAAAGGAUUUUCAGUGCUUCCUGAGAACUACAGAAGGUCCAGUAUAAAGAAAGGUGUUAUCAUCAUGCAUGGUCAGUGACAGUUAGAUGAAGGUUGAGCCAGUGUGUUUUAAGAGAAAAGGCAUGAAUAGAAAGAGAGAGAAGGGAUCCAUUGUAGAUUAUGACCGUUGCAUCAGUAGCACCAAGGAAAUGUGUACUUAAUUUGUGAAACUAUAUUUCCCUUGUGAGUUUUUAAUUUUAUCUGUAUAUUUGUAUUCUUAAUAGGUAAUGAAAGAGACAUCAAGCAUAUUCAUAUCAUUAAUUUAUUCUUGUUAAAGUGAGACAGGUAUCAGAAGAUAUUGUCAUGCAGUAAGGAGAGAAGGGUAACGAGAAGCAAAGUGUAUUACAGAAUGAAGAGGAUUGAUCCCGCAUGGAACAGACCUGAAUUUCCAUGACUUCUUGCUUGGUAAUGCAAGACCAAAAGAUGCAACUAUUUUGUGAAUGCAACCUGGUAUUUUGUUUUUAUUUUUAUUAUUGUAAUGAUAAUGAUGAUACAAUUAUGGUCAUGUUUUUAAUCUUUAUUAUUAUUUUUGGAUAUGUAUAGAUAGCUGUUUGUCUUGUGUUUAAUUAUAAUAUCUGCAGCUCAUAACGUGCCUUACUUAACAUAUUAGGUCCUUAGCCAAGUAGGAGCUGCUGGGGUGUACAAAUGUGACCUGCAACUUUCAGCCUUAGAUAGGAUACCCAUAAGGUUCCUUUUCCAAUAAAUAGUUUAGUGGGAAGGUGAGAUGUGUAGGAGUGAUUAUUUUGCUGUAUUUUGUAACUCUUUUAAAAGUCAGUGUGUGGUAUUGUCCUAAAUGCUUCCUGACUAUAAUUCAUAUUAUUAAUGUCUUUCUGUAUCACUCUUGUGAACUACAAAAUUGUUUUAGAAGUGGAUAUUUUGAGGAAAUUCCUGAAAGAAAAAGAAGAUAGAAAGUAUAUUGUUCAGUACAGUACUGCAUUCUGUUAAAAGUAAGACUAAACAGUUUGGUUAGCACUUCAGCUCCAGUAGAUGCAAAAAAUAAAAAAGAAAAAAAGUAAACUAGGAGACCCAUGUGGGCAUUUGUUUCGGGUUUUUAUUUGAUUUAUCUUGGCAUGGUGAAGCUUUAAGGAAAAAAAAAAUCAAUAACAAGUGUGACUGUAAUUUUUUGCUUAGUGUAAAAAGAGGCUGCAACAAUGCAAUGCAGGAGCUCAAGGGUUAGAGAGUAGUGAUAGGUUUCUUUUUUUUAUUGUAUGGUGUAAAGAGGUUCAACUUUAGAAAAAAAUGUUAUUGAACUGAUUUAUUUAUUCGUAAUUGAUAUUAUAGCAGAUGACCAUUGGGAAAAAAAAAAUGUUAUUUAAAGGUUUAGAUGUUCACACGUACUUGUACUUUCUUUUUUAUUUAUUAUUAUUUUUUUUCAUACAUGCAUGCAGACACACACACACACACUCACUCGCUCACUCACUCACACUCACACUCACUCAAUCAAUCAAUCAAUCAAUCACCCACACUCACUCACACUCACACUCACACUCAAUCAAUCACUCACACUCACUCACUCACUCACUCACACUCACUCACUCACUCACGCUCACACUCCCUCAUUCAAUCACCCACACUCACUCACUCACUCACUCACUCACUCACUCACUCACUCACUCACUCAAUCAAUCACCCACACUCACUCACUCACACUCACACUCACUCUCACUCAAUCAAUCACCCACACUCACUCACACUCACUCACUCACUCAGAAGUGUGCAGACAACGAUUUUUCUUUCAUUCUUUUUUUAGUAUUUAUAUAUUUCAAUAGGCUAAAGAUUGCCAGACUUCACAAGGAUUACUUGGUUAAAGAAAUAUGCAAUUUUUUUUAUAUUAAUCAUAAAAACUUUGAAUUACCUGCAUUAUAGUAAAAUGAAUAAUAAUAAUAAUGAUAAUUAUAAGGGAGGGCAGAGAGUAUAAAAUGUAUGCUAACCAUCAGUUGAAAUCACUGGAAUAGAUUUUCCUUCUUUGUCACUGGAACUAUUCAUAUGCAAAGUGUGCAACUAUUUUGAUUUUGAUUUUUUUUUUUUUUUUUUUUUUUUUUUUUUUUUUUCUUUCUUUUUUUUUUUUAAGGUGAAGUUGUUUGCUUUUCAGGGUGUUAGAUUUCCAGUUCCCUUUCAAGUCAUUUUUAGGCAGAAAUACAUAGCCUAUCUAGUCAGAAAUUUCCGAACUCUUAACAGGGAAUCUACCGCUUGUGUUAAGCCAAACACACAUUUUGAGAAUGCAGCUUGCAAAUGAAAGGACAUGAUACAUUGCUCAGUGUAUUGAUAAUAUUGAUUAGUCACUUGUGUAUAUCUUUGGUUAUUUGGGACUGUUGGGGAUAGCUGCGUGCAUGUUUGUGUGUGUGCACUUCAGUAGAGUUGUGAUUUAGUUGGUAUUAAUUUGAUUGUAGGGUACAAACAGAUGCCGAGUCUUGCUUAUUUGUGUUUCUUUUUGUGGGGAUCCAGUUUGGAGAUUUUUAUAAUAAUUAUGAUUAUAAUUAAAUCACAUUUCCACAAAGGAAGAUGAUAUUUUCCAAGUUGCUCUCGACAGGUAGAUGGGACCAUUUUUUUGCUUUUUUUUUAUUUUUUUUUUAUUAGGUCUCAUUGUGUCAUUAACCUUUGUGGCUGCACCUGCAGCAGUUGACUGAUUUAAGGCAUUUUUAACCAUUUGAUGGAACAGUGUAAUUAUUGCUGAGAGUUUGUGGUUUUAUGGCUGUUGAUUUAAGUGUUAUAUUAAUUUUAAAACUUAUCAGCUGUCAAGAAUGUUUAAAUAUGCAUGUGGAUUAUAUAUUUUUUCAUAAUGAAUUCAAAACUAUUGUUGUACAUGCAAUACAUGUAACUCUCAAUGAAUAAAUGAUGUUAUGGCAAAAUGCCUAAUAAAGAGCUGUCAAUUGCUGUCAAUGCCGGUCUCCCACCUUUUGCAGGGCAGCGUUUGUAGUGCUGCACUUGUGCCCCACUUUUUAUUCAGAGGCUGUUUUAAUGUACUUCACUAGUCAGGAUGUAUUUAAUGUAUCUUUUAUAUCAUAAUACAUGUGUGAUGUGUGGAU